AUGGAUGCUACAAGCAAGCCUCACCAGAUCCCCCCAGAGAUGGGAAUCUAUGCCGAAAAGCACAACAUCUUCCACAUCAUGCAGGGCCUGAUGGAAGCUCUCCUUGUGGCCCGGCCGGCCAAACCCAUUGACUUCAUGAUAGAACACCUCAAGAAGAACAAUGAAGAGGUGCCCAGGGUCUUCAUUGUGGGGCCCCCGGCCUCUGGGAAGACUACCAUCGCCCGCUGGAUUUGUAAGCACCUCAGUGCAACAUAUCUUUGCCCCAAGGAGCUCGUGCACAUCAAGCUGCUGAAGAAGGCCAAGGAGGCCGAGGGCUAUCAAACACGUGGGGAGAAGAUCCCUGAUGAGCUGUGGGCUUCUCUCCUGCAGGAACGCUUGAGCGACGUGGACUGUGAGACCUUGGGGUGGGUGGUGGAUGGCUUCCCCCAGACCAGGAACCAGGCCCUGGAGCUCCAGACCCUGGGUGUCCUCCCUCGGCACCUUGUGGUCCUUUAUGCCCCGGACACGGUGCUGAUCGAGAGGAACCUGGGGAAGCGUGUGGACCCUCUCACCCAGGAGGUGUACCACACCACCUUUGACUGGCCGGUUGACUUCACCGUGCAGAAGCGCUUGGUAAAGCCGGAAGACACCUCCGAGCAAGCCACCGCUCGGCGGCUUUUGGAAAACCACCGCAACAUGCCCGGCAUUGUCCAGACAUACCAGGAUUGCUACAAGGCUAUCAACGCCGACCAGCCUUGCGUUGAUGUCUUUGCCCAGGCGCUCAAUUUUGUGCAGAGUCGUCCACGGUCCAGUGCCCCCUUCACUCCCCGCAUCCUGCUCCUGGGCCCCCCGGGCAGUGGCAAAAGCCUGCAGGCAGCUCUGCUGUCCCAGAAAUACGGGGUGGUCAACAUUUUCUUUGGGGACCUCCUGCGGGAGAAAGUGGCUGGGAACACAGGCGUGGGCGAAUUCAUCAAGCCUUUUUUCGAAAUGGGGUGCCCUGUGAAAGACAACAUCGCUCUGCACGUCCUCAAGGAGCGUCUGGAACAGGACGACUGCCGCACCUACGGCUGGGUGCUCCACGGCUUCCCUCGUGACGUGGACCAGGCGCUCCUCUUCCCGCAGAUUGGCGUUGAGCCCAACCGAGUCUUCUUCCUCAACCUGCCCACCGAGGUAGGGCUGCAGCGCAUCUGCCAGCGUGCCACUGACCCCGUCACCGGAGAGAGAUACCACACCAUCUACAAGCCGCCUGUGGAGGAGGAGGUCCACCAGCGCUUGCGCAGGCACCCCAAGGAUGACCCCCUCCAAGUGGAGCGGAAGACGGACAUCUACAGCCACAGGCUGGCUGAGCUGGAGGAGCAUUACGAGGACUCGAUUUGUCUCAACGCAGACCAAGACCCCUACACCGUCUUCGAGUACAUUGAGAGCUGCCUGGUCAAGCCUCUGCCCGUCUGUAAGCUGUAA